GGCAAGCGACACCGUAUAGUGCUAGACAGAGGAGUGAAAGCUUUGUAGCGUGAGAAAAAUAAAUAAACAUAUAAUUAAAUAAACCUCAAUGUGUCAGUGUUUUGCUGCCCAAAUCUAAAGCAACUAAAGAAAAAAGAAAAAUAGAAUGUAAUGUCGAGUAGCCUAUAAUAAGCGGACUUGGCAACUUUGGCUGGACAUUAAAAAGUAGCCUAAGUUAUGUGAUUAGACACACAGGCGCACACACGUAAAACUAGUCCUGUACACAUCAAGUGUACUUUCGUUUUUUUCGUCGAGCUGUAAAGGCAAAACGUUUCGUUGUUUAAGCGCAUGCUCAAACUUCACCUGUUUCACCGCAACACAGGACACAAGAACACCACACAAGAGGUUCCAUCGGGACUACAACAAGAUGGCUCAGUAUCACAGGCUCUCAGACGCCAGUGCCUCAGAUCACAGCACGGACGUUUCUGCUGGAGUGAUCAAAGUGCUAAAAGAACAAGGAUACACCAUAGAGAAAGAACUUGGCCGAGGGGCUUCAGGAAUAGCGUUUCUGGUGAAAGACACAGAAGGAGACCCUUAUGUGAUCAAACAGAUGAAUUCCAGAGAUGGGGAGGAGCUGGAUGCAGUCAGAAAGGAAGUUGAAAUCCUGGAAAAUCUCAGCUUUGGAUAUAUUGUAACUUAUGUGAAUUCAUUUGAAGAUAAUGAAGCAGGACGCAUUUAUAUUGUGAUGGAGUACUGUGAAGGAGGAGAUCUUUCAAAAGUCAUGGAAACACAUCAAAGAGAAAGUUUUUUUGAAGAACAACAGAUUCUUGACUGGCUUGUUCAGAUUUGUCUGGCUCUGCGUUAUCUCCAUGAGAAGAACAUUCUUCACAGAGAUAUUAAACCUCAGAAUAUCUUCCUGACUGAAGAUGGUUACAUCAAUCUGGGAGAUUUUGGAUGCUCAAAAGUAUUGGAAAGAGCUGAUGAAUAUGUUAAUUCAGUUGUGGGUGCAAAGCUCUAUGUCAGCCCAGAAGUUUAUCAGAGGAGAUAUAAUUCCAAGAGUGACAUAUGGUCAUUGGGAUGGGUGCUCCAUGAUCUCUGCAUGCUUGAUGUGUGGGCAGAUGUCAUGCAGCGUCACAUAAUUCAUGCAGUCAGCAUGACAGGGAACCCCCCUCAGAUCCCAGAGAGAUACUCAGUAGAACUGAGAGAAUUAAUCAGACAAAUGCUCAACCGUGACCCUAAAGACAGGCCUUCAGUUGAAGAGAUUCUAGCAAAACCAUUCCUGGAAGAUGCGGUGGACAGAAACAGCAGAACUCCACAGGCACUGAUUCAGAGUUUCAUUAAGUCUGUCAACAGCUAUGAUAAGGCCUACAACCAGCACUAUAAAGACCUUGAAGCCUUAGUUAGUGAGUGGGGAAGAAUAACAGAUUCGAUGGAGUCUGCACAUUACAGCGCCACAGCCGGCAGUCUGUCAGGUUCAGUGAUUGGAGCAGCUGGAGGAAUCACUGCAUUAGUUGGUUUAAUUUUGGCACCGUUCACUCUCGGUGCAUCUCUGAUUGUUACUGGUGUUGGUGUUGGAGUUGGAGUUGCAGGUGGAGUAACAGGUGCUGCAUCCACCAUUACUAAUACUGUACAACAAAAAUCCUUCAGAGAGAGCCUUGAACAAAUUCAGCAAAAGUAUAAAACUGUAAGUGAACCAAUUCUCACACCGCUGAAUACACUGAGAAAGGUACUGAAAAAAAUAACGAAAUUCAGUUUUUUUUUUGGAACAUCAACUUUUGACAAUGUACAAAUAUCAUGCAAUUUAGACAGAAGAAGUAUGUUCUGUGCCACACAACUCAUGAAUUUAGGUCUGCUGGCAAAUAUUAGCAGAAUUGCUACUCAGACUGCAAGAGUAGGACGAGUAGUAGCAGAAGCAAUCUCAGGUGUGUUAAGUGGACUACUAGUCAUACUUGAUGUCGCCUUCAUAGUGAUGGAUUCUGUAGACAUACACCAGAUGAGACAGGGAAAAGUAGAUGAUCCAGAAAAAGUCAGAUCCAGUGUUCUCAAAUCCAUUGCAGAGAUGAGGAAAACACAUAACGAGCUUUGCAAUGUCCUGAAGGAAAUGCAGAAAACAAGAGAGGAACUAAAAGACUAUAUAGAAUUGGCCAAGGAUGUCAGGGAUAUAGACAAUGAUUUAAAUAGUUUAAACAUAUAGAUAUGAUUUCAGUCAGAGAAUCAGGAAAUGCCAUAUAUUGCUCUGAAUCCAGAAUUUGUUUGUGUAGCAUGAGGUUGAGUAUUUGUGAUUCCCCUAGAGUUAAACAGUUGAGUUUUACCAUUCAGCCAAACUCCAAGUCUGGUGGUAGCACUUUUAGCUACAGCUUAGCAUAGAUCAUUGAAUCUGAUUAGACCGUUAGCAUCUCUCUCAGAAAUACUGUUUAACUCUAGGGGAGUUGAAAAAGGAGCCUAUUUUCAAACAUAGUGGAGUGUCUUUUAAGUCACCUUUUGUUUAUAUAGCACUUUUUACAAUAUACAUUUUACAAAACAAAUCAGGUUUACAGUGAUAAAUGGAAUACAAUAUGCCACAAAGUCUGAAAAAAGAAAAUUACAUUGUUCAGCUUGAGUCAGAUUAGUGUUGAUUCAGGUCCAUUAUAAAUAUAUUAAGUUAUUAAUUAAUUUGUUACAAUCUAUUCAAUAGCUCUGGAGAAAAACGAUGUCAUAUUCCAACUCCGUUAAGUUCUCAUAUAAUAGUGUCACUGCAGUCAGAUCAGUAAUAUAGUUGAAUAGUUGGUGUCCACAGCUGAACAAGCCAGAGUUAAGAGUUGCUAGAUAGUUGCUGGAUAGAUAGAUAAAAUAAAUAAAAGAUAGAUAGAUAGAUGGAUGGAUGCGGGUAAUUGAAACACUUUUUCCAAGGUAAUAGUUAAUGUAUAUUGUGUUAUGUUAUGUUUUAUUUCAUCUUACUUUGUUUGCUUGAUUAUCAGAUUUCUUUCACCUUGUUUUUAUAUCCCUCUGUUUCAGUUUAAGGUGGUUGAUUCUCAAGCCCCUUUAUCUCAAGCUCUCCACUGGUAUGUUACGACUGACCGGUUUAUAGUGCAUUAAAAUCCUCCUGGGAAGUUUGUAUUUACGUUUUGUCAUGUCGGAAUUAUGACGUCAGGUGCAUUCAAGUCAUUCUGGUCAAUUUAACUUUUCUACAUAAGUCAUGUCUACUCAACAUGACUUGAACAUAGGGGUUUGAGCAGGGCUGGGAAGGUUACUUUUAAAAUGUAUUUCACUACAGAUUACAAAAUACAAGCUUUAAAAAGUAAUCAGUAAUGUAUUUUGUUUAGUAACUUAAUCCAAUUACUUAGAAUACAUUGAAAUGCUUAAGUUUUGUAAAACAAAGGAUCAUAUUAACUUGAUGUCUUGUGUUUAUGCUUUCCUACAUCUACCAGCUAUAAGAUUUGUGUUUUCUUUGAAUUUUAUUUGUAAGAACAUAAAUUUUCCACAGAAUUUCUUUGAACAACAAAAUGUCAUUUAAGUCUUCCAAUCAAUAUAAAUUCAAUUUGAAUACAAUGAAUGGGAUCCUGUGCUGUUUCAUGCUGCAUUCCAAGCUUCAAAACGAACCCAGACAUACCAAACACAUAAUAAAAGUAGCUAGAACAACUGGCACAGUUGUCCAAGUUAUACAAUAGAUUAAUUUAAAGAAUGUAGCCAAACAUGAAUUUAACUAUACUGAAAAAAAA